AUGAUGACGAUCAAGUCUACCGCCCUCGCCUUCCUCGGGGCCGCCGCGCUCGCCGCCGCCUCGGACGUCACCGUCAGCGUCAACGGUGUCGACCGUGUCUUUACGGUCCAUGGCCCGUCGCCGUGCUCGGGCGACGACCCGUCCCGCGUCGGCAU